AUGCUGAAGCCGGCCACGGCGUCCUCUAGUCGCAACAAUGGCGCGUCAUCGUCCCAUGACCGCCGUCUUCUUCGUCUUCGUCGUCGCACUACUGUCGUCGGCUUCUCCGGCGACAGCCAAGGCGGACACCCGGCGGCGCCGCCAUGCGUGGCGCCGCCGGCGGCAGUGGCGUUCCUCCGCGCGAGCUGCGCCAGCACGCUGUACCGGCUGACCUGCUACGACGCGCUCAUCCCCUCCGGGUGCGCGUUCCAGACCAGCACGGUGAAGCUCGCCCGCGCCGCUGCCGACGUCAACGCGGCGAGCCUCAAGAACCUGACGGCGCGGGCCAAGGAGCUCGUGGCCCACGGCGUCCCCGGCGAGGCCCCCGCGAUCGCCGCCGAGAUCCGCGACUGCGCGAGCGCGUCGUCGUCGGCGUCCGGCCACGCCAAGGAGACGGCCGCCGAGCUCGCGAGGCUCGACGCCAUGGGGGACGCCGCCAAGGGGAGCCAGGCGAGGUGGGCGGUGUCCAACGCGAAGACGUGGCUCAGCGCCGCGAUGACCAACGAGGCCAACUGCGCCGACGCGCUCUCGUCCACGGGCGCCGCCGUGUCGCCGGCCGCGAGGGAGUUGAUCGCCGGUGUGGUGAUGGCCAAGCAGUACACCAGCAUCGCCCUCUCGUUUGUCAAUACCAUACCGGUUUCUUGA